ACGUAUAUACGAGGGUAAGCGAGCUGCAGGCUGCAGCAGCUGGGUACGUGGCCACAACGACGACGGUGGCGGACGUACGCAUGAUGAGCGGCAGGAUGAACGCGAGCGGGGAGGAGGCGUUCCCGUUCGGGGCCAUGCAGCCCGGUGGCCCGUACGUCGGGUUCGAGCAUGGCGCCGCGGCGGUGGCGGCGGCGGCGCAGCGUGCGGGGAUGCAGCAGCAUCACCAUCACCACAUGUAUGAUAGUUUGGACUUCGCGGCGGCGAUGCAGUUCCAGGAGCCGCAGCUGCUGGCGCUGCCGCCGAGCAUGCCGAUGCCGCCGCCGCCCAUGCCGAUGCCGCUGCAGAUGCCCGUGCCGAUGCCUGGCGACGUGUACCCGGCGCUCGGCAUCGUCAAGCGCGAGGGAGGCGGCGUCGGUGCUCAGGACGGCUCCGCCGCCGCGGGGAGGAUCGGGCUCAACCUCGGCCGCCGGACAUACUUCUCCCCCGGGGACAUGCUCGCCGUCGACCGCCUCCUCAUGCGGUCCCGCCUCGGCGGCGUGUUCGGGCUCGGCUUCGGCGGCGCCCACCACCAGCCCCCGCGCUGCCAGGCCGAGGGCUGCAAGGCCGACCUCUCCGGCGCCAAGCACUACCACCGCCGCCACAAGGUCUGCGAGUACCACGCCAAGGCCUCCGUCGUCGCCGCCGGCGGCAAGCAGCAGCGCUUCUGCCAGCAAUGCAGCAGGUUUCACGUGCUCACCGAGUUCGACGAGGCCAAGAGGAGCUGCCGGAAGCGGCUGGCGGAGCACAACCGUCGCCGGAGGAAGCCGGCGACGACGGCCGCCGCGGCGUCGGGCAAGGACGCGGCGGCGUCGCCGGUGGCUGCCGGCAAGAAGCCGAGCGGCGCCACCACGUCGUCCUACACCGGCGACAGCAAGAACGUGGUGGCCAUGAGCGCGGCCAAGUCUCCCAUCUCGUCGAACACGAGCGUGAUCAGCUGCCUCGCCGAGCAGCAGGCCGGCAAGCAGGCGGCGAGGCCGACGGCGCUGACGCUCGGCGCCGCGCCGCCGCCGCACGACAGGGAGGUGCAGCAGCUCGGCGCCGUGCUCCACGCCCAGCACCACCACCACCACCACCACCACCAUCACCAGCAGCAGGAGCACAUCCAGGUGAGCUCCCUCGUCCACAUCGCCGGCAACAACAACAACAACCACCAAAACGGCGGCGGCGGAGGUAGCAACAUCUUGUCGUGCUCCUCGGUCUGCUCCAGCGCGCUGCCGUCGACGGCGACCAACGGGGAGGUGUCGGACCAGAACAACGACAACAGCCACAACAAUGGCGGCAACAACAACAUGCAUCUUUUCGAGGUCGACUUCAUGUAGAUCAGCGCCGCUAGCUAGCUAGCUUUUAGCUACCAUGUGUUCGUGUCCUUUCACCAUUGUGUAGGUAAAAGAAAAAGGGAGAGAUCAGUCAAAAAAGGGUAUAACCUCCAGUACGUUUGCAUCAGCCAUGAACCAAGUGGAAAAAAGGAGCAAAAAAAAAAAAGAAGGUAAAAAAAAAGCAGCAAGGAUUCCAUGCAUGCAGCAGCAGGGAUUCGAUCAGGCUGGGCUAUAGCAUGCAAUGCAGGCAUCUCCAAUUUGUCAUCAACUUUUCUUUCUACCUGUUGCACUGCAAGCUGCAGCUAGCAUGCAAUGGAUGCCUUCUUUCUAAGCACCUUUCCUCUUUUUUUUCACCUGGGAAUAAUGUGUGAGUGAGUGUGUGUGUGUUCUUGUUCAUUUCAACUUAGUUAUUAAUCUCAAUAUUAUUUGCAACUUGCAAGAGGCUAGAUAUAUGUACCUGUUUGUUGUUUCUACAUAUCAUUGCAAGCUCCCACAUGGUUGUAUGCAAUUAACAGAGAGAUCAGAGUUCACUGU